AACAAACACUGUUCGUGUGCAGCCCAGCAGUGAUUGAGAAACAUUAGCUCUGAAAUCGCUGUGGUUCUGGCCGGUGUCUGUUUAAUUGGACCUCUCAAGCGCAUGACACUGAGGAGCGACUCUUUCACAGCAAUGCCUGCGCCUACAGGCUCUGCCGCAGUUGCAAAGAUUCCGCGAUUCCCCGCCGCUCAGUCCCCCUGUUCCGAGCGGGCAAAGUGCAUGUACAUGGGAGACAGGGCAGCCCACAAGAAGCACGGCUCUGGUGUCCAGGCUUGGGCAGACGGAUGCAGAUACGAGGGAGAAUUUGUGGACGACCUGAAGCACGAUUUCGGGGUGUUCACCUGGGCUAACGGGGAGGAGUACAGAGGAGAGUUUUUCAAAGACUAUCGCCAUGGGAAAGGCACUUACAGCUGGCCAGGGGGCACUCAGUUCACAGGGAAGUUUUACUUGAACCGCAAGGAGGGCUAUGGGACCCUGCAGCUGCCAGAUAGAACCACUUUCCUGGGGCUGUACAGAGCUGACGAGCGCUUUGGCCCUGGCAUGAUGAGAUACCCAGACGGGCGGCAGGAUGUGGGGCUGUGGCACAGGGAGCUGCUUGUAAAGCUGUGCACCCAUUUCCCUGGAGCUUUCACCCUGAGAGACUACCCUGAGCACUGCCUGGGCCUAGGAGAGGAGAGAGAGGAGGCUACUGCACCAGCAGAGCAAGACGAGGACCCCUUCUACUACCGCUACAAGCAGCUGCUCCAGGAACACGACCACUUUGUCCUGCCCCCUGGUAUCGCAAUGUACUCCACAGAUGCAGACCACCUUCCCCAGACCCCCUCACUCAGGACCCAGCUGGACUCCCGCUUCUCCGGGGGGGAGGAGAGGGGGAGGGGGAGCGGGGGUGCUGGCCAGGCGGAUCAGCAGGGGCUGCCCAGGACUGGCUCCUGCACUCUGAUGGCCAGGAUACAGGCACACAUCCACAAACACAGAAAGGGGGCGGAGGGGCUGGGCUGGGAUGUGGACUCUAUUCUGUCAGCAGAUCGCUCUGUGUUUGGACCCCCCGGCCCCCUGGAGCUCCACGCUCAGCAGAUGAUUGAAGAUGCGAGGCAGGGGAACUACCAGAGCAUCUACAGGAGCCUGCGGGAUGGGCUGGUACAUCCCGACCUCUCAGACGCAUCAGGGAACUCUACUCUCAUCACCGCUGCGGUCCAUGGCCAUAAUGAUGUGAUUAACAUCCUUCUAGACAAUGGUGCUGAUGUGGAUAAGCUGAACGACGAGGGCAUGUCUGCGCUGUCUGCCUGCUUCGUCCUAUACUACACGCCGCAGAGUUUUCAUGGCAACAUGGUCAAAGGGACCCAGGGCACAGCACAAAUGUUGCAGUCCAUAACCAAAGCAGAAGAGGUGGCUGAGCCAGCACCAUCUGAGAGACAGUCAGGAGGGAGCACCCAGCGUAGCAUCAUUGUGCGGGACGGGCGUGUCAAGCUCGGCAACAUCAUGUUGCAAGACUCCCCCCGCUGGGCCGAUGAGGACAGCGAGAGUGAGGAGAAGGAUUGGCUGAAGGAGACAAAGAGGGAGCUGCAGACAGGAGGGCUGGUAGGGGAGCAGGGGCAGGAGCAGGUGAAGAGAGACAGAGAGGAGUUUGACUCAGCCUGCAGUAUGCACUCCUACACUGUGGAAGCUUCUGAGAGAGCCCUGCAAAGCACCGGAGAAACACUGAGUAACAACACACAGCUCCGACCCAGCUCAUCCCAGGAGACUGUGCACAGGAUAGCCCAGCUCAAGGCAGAGCACAGGAGGAGGUGGGGUACCAUCCAGCUGCUGUUGUGCAGGGGGGCAGACCCCAGCGCGUCACAGGUGCCCAUGCCAGUGCUCUUCCUGGCAAUCCAAGCCAAAGACACAAAAGCAGUGCGUCACCUACUUGAGUGUCAGGCCAGAACAGACAUGCCACUGCCCAAAAAGCAAAAAGGUCUGUACCCCCUGCACAUGGCGGCUGGCCUGUCUGGGAAGGAAGGGGUCAGGAUCACAGAGCUGCUGCUGAACGCUCUGGCAGACCCAGACGUGCGAGCUCAGGAUGCCGAAGAAAUCUACGAGCCUGACAAGAAAGCCAGCACGGAACCCCCUCCAGGGUUCAGUUUGAAGUCCUCCAGCCCCAGUGGCCCACCGCCACAGUACUACCAAGCCCCUGCCGGCCUGCCAGAGGAAGGAGGGAGGACACCACUUCACGUGGCCUGCAUGAGGGACAGUGACUACCAGAAUGCCCGGGACGUAGUCGCACUGUUGCUGAAGCACAAGGCCAACCCCAACACACUGUGGAGCGGCCACUCCCCACUCUCAUUAGCUGUCGCCAGCGGCAAUGAUUUGGCUAUAGAGGAGCUCCUGGCAGGAGGCGCUGACCCAAACCUGCCGCUGUCCAGCCGAGUGGGGAGUGUGCUCUGUGCUGCUGUCAACAUCACCUACGAUGGCAAAAGAAACUCGCAACAGAAAACCACUCUGCUGGAGAGGCUGGUCAGUGCUGGUGCCAACAUCUUGAUGCCCAUUACAUUAGGGGACGAGUUCAGAACAGCUGUGGGCACCGCAGUGGACUAUGGAUACUAUGUGUUUUCUCAGGACUGGCGUAUCGCUCACACUCCCUACCAUGCCCUGACCUCCCGGGAGAGGGAGGUGUACAACUCACGCAGGAAUAUGCUGAACCUCAUGGGGGGGCUACUGCGCAGUGCUGCCGUGCAAAAGGAGAGGGAGCGUCUAGAUAAGGAGAAGCAGCAGUGCAUCCACAGUCGCAGUCCUAGCACUAAGUUUGUGUACACGGGGGCUGGAGCCUCUGCUCUCUCACCUGAACACUCCAACAGCAUCCAAGGUCAAACCAGGGCCAGGGCUCCAUUGAUAAGGAGGCCUCUCUUCAGGUACUGUUACCUGUGUGGGCGCUCAGUGGGGGUGCAUCUGGUGCCAUGCAGCCGCUGCCGAGAGGUGUAUUACUGCAGCAAGUCCUGCAAGCUCAAGGCCUGGAACGGCUGGCACAAGGAAGAGUGUAUCCACGUCGGAGGGAAGACUGGGACAACUCAUACUAAAGGAAAUGAACAGAGACGGGAAACGGGGAAGACUGGGACAACUCGUAUUAAAGGAAAUGAACAGAGACAAGAAGAGGGGAAGGCACAGGGAGGCAGGCAUGCCGAGAUGGAGGCUGCAGAGAUCUCUGAGAAUUACAGCUUCAACUGAACCAACGAUGCACUUUCAACAGGGAGGUUAAAAUAAUCAUAGGCAAGAAUACACAUGGCCUAAAAACAUGAGAACACACAGUUAAAUUGUAUUUCAAUU